AUGUCAUCAAUCCCUCAAUAUAAUUCAUCAUCAUCUAAAAACCAAUCUUCAACCGACCCAAUUGAAGUUGGUGGUGCAGUUCCUGAUUUUGACGAAUCACAAUGGACUCAUUCAAAUGUAUUAAGUCAUGGUCAACAACAGCCAUCACACACUUCGCACUCCUCCUAUGCUUCUCAUGGUGCACAAACUUCCCAACAACAACAACAUGAAUCUGCAAUUCCUACUGGAACCAAGAUUCCACCUCCAAUUGGUGAAUCUAGUUCUCACUAUUCUAGUGGACCAGCUCCUUCAAAAAGCGAAUUGCACCAAGGUGCCAAUGCCCACACAAGCAGCAACUCCGCCUCAUCUCAUGCUGCUUAUGGUGGAUCUUCAGCUGGUGUUGGUUCUGGUUUGAGUUCAAAAAAUGCCGCUUCUUCUUCAGCCAACCCAUCUGGCUCUACUACUACUGGUUCUGCUGCUGCGUCUGCAUUGAGGUCAGAUGCUGAUCCAAACCAUCCAAUUCAUGAAGCUGAAGAUUUCUUGACUGAGUUGUUGACUUGGAAAAACCCAGUUUAUACUGGUAAAGUCCUUGGAUUAACUCUUGGUGGAUUAAUUCUUUUCAGAACAAUUGAUUUGGUUCGUAUAUUUUUCAAAAUUUCCUAUAUUACUUUAUUAUUUUCUGCUGGAGCUGAAUAUAUUGGUAAAGUUUUCACUGGACAAGGAUUUGUUUCCAAUUUUUACAAAAAUUACUCAACUUCAUUUGCUAAACCAAUUAACAAACAUCUUUUACCUUUAAUUGGUGAAUUGAAUGUUGCUAUUGAACAUCAUUUGAAUUAUAUUGUUUAUGCAAGAAACGUUGAAACUACUUUGAAAUUUGCUGGUAUUUCAUAUAUCUUCUAUCAAUUGACUUCAGUUGUUUCAUUAUUUACUUUAACUAUUGUUUCAGUCAUUUUGUUAUUUGCUAUUCCACCAGCUUAUCUUGCCAAUAAGAAGCAAGUCGAUGCUUUUGUUGGUAAGUAUACUGCUUGUUUUAAGCAACAAGUUGGUAAAGGUGUUGAUCAAAUUCAUGAUGCAUUGAAACAAACCCCAGUUGGCCCAUAUUUGCAAAAAUUUGCUCCAAGAAGAACUGCAGGUUCAACUGUCGGUAAUUCAAAAGCAACUUCUUAUGGAACUGCUGCUGAUACUCAGGGAGUCAAUGUUAAUAUACCUGUUGGAUCCAGUACCUCUUCAUCUACUGGUACUGGUGAUGCUGACUUGAGAGAAAGAAACAUAGAAAGCUCUGUCAAGAAUGCAUACUAUUAA